AUGUCGCUAAUUUCCAGGCAAACGAUGGCUCCUUCGCCUAGGAAGACACGUACGUCUCCCCGCAAAAAAGCUUGGGCUUCACCUCCAAAAGCAGUUACAAAGAAUUUUUCGUCAAUUUUUAGUGAUGCUGACUUUUCUCCUUUGAAUAGUUCCUGGGCUGAAAUCACUGCUAAUGAUGAGAGCCUCAAUGAAAGCAUCCUUGAAAAUCUUUCCAAGAGUGAGUCACGCCGUGGUCGAAAGGCCAGUGUUCCGAAAAAGGUGCGUUCAGGUGGCAAAUGCUCCGAAUUUCUGGGAGGAUCCCACUCUGGGAUGGAGAUUGAGCGUGCUAAGGAAAAGCCAAUUUAUGCUCGAUACUUGCAAGAAAUUCCCCGACAUAUGAGAAUAAAAGGAGUUCAUCCUCGUACUCCAAAUAAGCAUAUCAACUUUAGCCGUAGAUCUUGGGAUGUGCAGAUCCGCACAUGGAAACGUAGUCUGUACAACUGGGCCGGUGAGGAACCUUCAGAUUCUGUUAAUACCUCCUUCUGUAGUUACAGUUCGGAUGAACUGAAGCAGGUCGGUUUUUUAAAUCGAAGAGAUUCAUGUAAAGUUUCUGUAAUCCAGGUAAGACCCGAAACUGACGCCAUGGCUUCACUAUUGGGCCGUUUUGAUAUGGAUUCACGUAGAGGAGACGAGAGCACGUUGAAGGCUCCGACAAAUGGGCAGAGAUCAGAUGGUCCCGUUGAUUUUUCAACGCUCAAAGCCUAG